AUGUGGUGUGCAACUGUUGAUUUGGAAUCUUUUGGUAUUUGCAAUAAAAAUAAUUCAACUGAUGUUUGUGGAGAAGGCAGUGGUGGUGUUUGUGAUGAAGGUAAUCCCACUGACGUUGGUGUAGAAUGCAGUGGUGAUGGUUGCGAUGAAGGCAAUGCGACUGAUGUUGGUGUAGGAGGCAGUGGUGUGCGUUGUGAUGAAGAUUAUUUGACCGAUGUGGGUGUACAAGGCAGCUCAUGUGAGUUGGAAAUUUCUCCUGGGUUGACUAAGUAUUGGCGCCCAGUUUGCGCUAACAGUUUGAAGCCUCUUUUUGGGCAACAGCAAGACUCAAUUCGCAAGAGUAGAGAUGAUGUUGUUGUGGAGAAGCAUGUAAUAUGUAAUCGUCAUGGUUUUAAGCAGAGAGUUUCUAGUAUUGCUAAAACUACUUUGGCGAGGAGACGGAGGGUGACAAAUAGGGUUGGUUGUAAGGCUAAGGUUGUGGUAAAGCUUAAGUCUAAUUGUUUGUAUUUUGUGCAUUCUUUUGAGGAACGCCACACCCAUUCGAUGUGUUCAAUUAUUGCUAGGCAAUUUUUAAAGGUGAAUCGUAGCCUUGAUGCUGAGCACCAAAUGUUUAUUGCGAGUUGUGAUCAGGCAAAUAUUGGCUCUGUUCGAUCAUAUAGGUUGUUUAAAGAGAUUGUUGGUGAGCGUUCCAAUGUUGGGGCUACAAAUGUAGAUUUUAAGAAUUUCAAGCGUGACCUGAUGGCGUACAUUUUAAAUGGUGAUGCUCAAUUAUUCAUAGAUACGCUUUUCAAGAUGCGUGAAUUGUGUGAGGCUUUUGAUUUUGAAUAUGAUGUUGAUGAAGUUGAUCAGCUUUCAAGGGUUUUUUGGGCGGAUGCAGUAUCUAGGAAGAAUUUUGCUUUGUUUGGUGAUGUUGUUUCAUUCGAUGCUACAUACCAUACUAACAGGUAUAAGUUGGUUUUUGUUCCGUUUACUGGAAUUGAUAACCAUAAGAGAUCCAUCACAUUUGGUGCUGGUUUGCUUACGAGGGAAGACGUAGACUCAUAUGUGUGGCUUUUAGAGAAAUUUAAGAAAACUAUGUGUCAUGACCCUAUUUUUGUUGUUACUGAUCAAGAUCCAGCUCUCAAGGUUGCUGUUGACCGUGUGUUUGAUACAUCAAAACAUAGAUUUUGCAUGUGGCAUAUAAUGUGCAAGGUUGGUGAGAAGGUUGGACCAAUUUUGUCUAAAGAUGAAGUGUUUAGGAAGAAGUUGAAUGGCAUCGUUUGGAACAAAUCUCUGGACUCCAAGUCUUUUGAGGAUGCAUGGAGUUGUAUUAUGGAGGAAUAA